CCAAACACAAACAGACAUGGCGGCUUCCAUUGGGAGUUUACUGGAGGAAAUCUCCACUGUUGAAGACCCAAUUGAAGAGCUGCAGAGUUUAAAAACAGCCUUAUUGUCGAUACCUCUCAGCGCUUUGAGAGACUCAGUGAGUGGACAUCGGCUCGAUGUGAUCUUCUCUCUGUUAAACUCUAGUCAGAGGGAGCAGGUUGAGCUGUGUGUGGACAUCCUUGAACGCAUCUUAAUGGCCCUCAGCCCUGAAUACCUUGCCCAGAACUACAGACUGGAGCUGCAGGCGGGUCUGAACCAUCCUAAUGAAACUGUGAAGAUACUGGCCUUGACGCAGAUUGGCAGAAUGGUGGAGCAUCCUGCGGCUGUCACUGAAAUCCUCAACAAUCAGGACAUUCUUCGAGCAGUGAUCCACUGCAUCAGAGAGGAGAAAAUGGCUGUGGCAAAACAGGCCAUUCAGUCCCUGUCUAAACUGAGUCACUCCAAGCCUGGAUUAGACAAACUGUUCCAGGGCGACCUGCUGAAAGUCAUGAAAGAUGUGAUGGCCACAAGCGACAUUGUCAGAUACAGAUUUUAUGAGCUGGUGGUGGAAAUCUCAGCUGUUUCUCCCAUUUCCCUCGGCUACUGUGCCAACAGCAACCUCAUUUCUCAGCUCCUCAGUGAACUGACAGGAGACGACGUUUUGAUCAGGGCCACAGCUAUAGAGAUGGUCACCACUCUAGCCCACAGUCAGCAUGGGCGGCAGUAUUUGGCUCAGCAGGGUAUCAUGGACAAGAUCUCCAACAUGAUCAGAGGAGCAGAGACGGACCCUUUCUCCUCCCUCUACCUGCCUGGUCUGGUGAAGUUCUUUGGGAACCUGGCCAUUAUGGACAGCCCACAGCAGGUCUGUGAAAGCUACCCGGCCUUUCAGAACAAGGUGUUUGAGAUGGCACUGGACCCGGACCCUGUGAUGAUUGGGGUGGCUCUGGACACCUUGGGCUUACUCGGAUCUACUGUGGAGGGAAAACAAGUUCUGCAGAAAACAGGAGAAAAGUUCAAGACCGUGCUGUUAAGAAUGAGCCAGCUUGCCAGUUCUGGGGCCACAGAGCUCAGAGUGCGCAGCUUGGAUGCUAUAUCACAACUUCUCACUCUACAGCCAGAGCAGCAGACAGAAGAUCUUUUGGCCCUGACAGAGUCCUGGUUCCACCUUUUGUCUAACCACCCCAUGGACAUGAUUCGCAACAUCAGCACUCAGCCUUUCCCAGAGCUGCACUGUGGGGCUCUGCGGAUAUUCACUGCCAUUGCCACUCAACCGUGGGGUCAGAAGUUAAUGAUCGACAAUCCCGGAUUUAUGGAGUUCAUUUUGGAUCGUUCAACGGGUCAGACCAAGGAGGCCAAAGAUGCUAAGUUUGAACUGGUGGGGUCACUUGUAUCUUCAUCUACGUCAGCAGAGAUACUGGGCAGCCAGCAUUACAUCCGCCUGAAAACGUACCUCAGAGAAGGACCUUACUAUGUUUCAGCUGUGGCUUCAGUCAGCACAGAAGGAGCAGACUGAUUCAAACAAACUCAGAUACACCUCAUGGGUUUCUAGUUAGAGCUUAAGUAAUGGGUAAGUGCCUGAAUGAUCUAACCGUGGGCUAACAUGUUAUUCUCUGCUCAUAAUAAACUCAUUCUCUGAUCAUUGAUUAAAACUACUUCACUUUUUCCACAUAAUUUGAGAAAUGUUAUCUCGCGAAUUUCAACGUUAAGCAACUCAACUGCAUCAAGAAAUAUUCAAAAACAAUGGUUUAAGUGCUUAAAAAGUAUUUAGCAGCUCUGUUAUUGUCUUACAUUAAUAUAUUUAUCAGGCUUUUCUGAGGUUUGGACUUAGAGACUGCAAAUUUUGUCACAGAAGCCUGUGUACAAACUUGGGGUGUGAAGUUUGGAGUGUUCUAAUGAAAAAUGUUAUUGAGUUGCAUUUUGGGAAAUGUACGAUCAAGUGUUUUUGGAGCUUGACCCAGAUUAGAGACUAAAAGUCAGGAUAUUUUGGAAUUUGAUGCUUUGAUUUUGACUUUUUUUUUUUAAAUCUGUCUCUUGUGAGUCCCCCAACUUUAGUACUUAAAAUGAUUGCAACACCCUUGAAACAUGAUGGACUUCCAUAGUGGACAAGUGCUAAGUAUCCACACACAAAUGCAUCAAACCUGGUGCCAUAAUAGUGGCAGUAGAGAAAUGGUAUGUUAACACGUUUAGUUUAUGCAUCUUUACCAGCUACUUGAGCAGUAAUUAAGAUUUGAACUCCAAUGUUCACCAUCCAUGCACUAACACAGACAAAUCUACAUCAUCAUACACAGUAUCUUUCAAAUAAAACUGGACUCGACCAAAAACAUCAUUAAUCAAACCCUUGCUCUCCAACAUCUUUGGACACUGAUUUAAUUGUUUUUUGUGUCAAAAUAUUUUUGUUUACUGAAUAGAUUGAUCUUUUUUUUUUUAAUUAAAGAGGAUUCUGACAAAGGAUAUGUGUGCUUACUUUUCAUUGAUG